UUUAUCUUCAUUUAUACAAUAUCGUAAAUCAUUUUUUAGAUGAUCACUCAUUUUUUCCAUUACUCUAUCUCAAACAUGUUUAAUUUUAGAAAUUUUUUCUAUAUGUGUGACUGAAAUAAUAAAUGCAUUGUGUUGAUUUUAUCAAAUCAAUUUUCUUAAACUUUUAAUAUACCACAAACAGGAUGUUCGGGAUGUUACAGUUGUAUUCGUUGUUUUUGUUGAGUGCCGCCAAAAGAAUAUUGAUUCAUGGUGUUACUAUACGGUGGUAUAAAGCAUCGGUGUCUGAAAGCGUUGAGUUCUUCAUCCUCGUCAAAACUAUCGAAGACACCAUAUGGAAAGAGACAUCAAUACCCAGAGAGAAUGCCAGAAUUCAAAUCAAUUACACUUGCCUACGAGUGGAUGAGUCAGCGCAGAACAUUUUCGGCAACAUAUUUUUUAUAUUUGGUAUUGUUUUUUGGGGUGAACCUCUAGGUUCAUUAACCAAUAGGAUUGUGUUAUUUUAUAUUUGAUAUUUUUUAAAAAAAAGAUUAAAAUAUUAUCAAGUUAUAUUAUGUUUUUAAAAUAAAAAGGUAAAAAAAAUAGUAAUAGUUAUGUUUUUCUUUCUUAAAAAUAUUUUUAACGUCGUCAGUAAAAAACUAAAUCCAAAAUCCUAAUCCCUAAACUUUAAAUCAUAAACCCUAAAUCCUUGGAUAAACAGAACCUUAAACCAUUGGAUAAAUAAACACUCAAGAGAUUAGGGUUUAGAAUUUAGGAUUUAAGAUUAUAAUGUUUUAGUGUUUAAUGUUUUUUAGAGUUAAGAAUUUAUCCAAUGGUUUAAGGUUUACCCAAAGAUUUAGGGUUUAUGAUUUAAGUUUUAGGGUUUAGUGUUUUGCUAACGACCUUAAAUAUAUAUAUAUUUUUAAAAAAAUUUGUAACUACUAUUAUUUUUUAUUUUAUUUUUCCUUUUUAUUUUAAAAACAUAAUAUAACUUGAAAAUAUUGUUUUUUUUAAAGAUAUCGAAUAUAAAAUAACGAAAUCUCAGUGGUUGGUGAAUCCAAAAAUAAUUUUUGUUUUUUUGUGUCAAACAAAACAAGUAUUGCCAAAAACUAUGAAUUUAUAUAUAUAUGGACAUGGCUUUAGAUAAGUAUGAAAGAACCAAUUCGCUUUAUUUAUUUUUUACUUUGUAUAUAGCUUUUAAUUUUUCCUAAAAAAAAUUUUGCUGAUAUUUUUAAUAUUUAAACAGAAUGAUAAAUGUCGGUAGUUAUAGAUAUCACUCGGAAUCCCUUUUUUUUUUUUUUUUCACUGGUAUUAUAUUCAACAAAAACAAAGUUUAAAACAAACAGGCCCAGAAAAAAGGCAGUACAAAGAAGCCCAAAAGAAAAAACAGUACAAACAAAAAGAUAAAGGGACCAACAAGAAAGGCCUGCGACACGAGAACGCCAGAAGCAGCCCAUAACGUUGGCCCAGACACAAAAGAGCCCAAAGGUGAGCGAUGAACAAAUCUGAUGACUCGCUACCACGUGGAAGUCUCCGAACUAAGCGGGACAGGUGGUGGAAGAAACAGAGAUAUCACUCGGAAUCCCAAUGUGUAUAGGAUACGAAAAAUAAAAUAUAAAACCUCGUUAAACCCUUCUUUACGCGGAUAAAUAGCUUUGGUGUUCUAUAUCUCUUCAAAUUCUCCAAAGCAACGCUUCUCAGAACUAUCUCUCAUCGCCUGGUUUCGUUUAUUUCCAACAGUUCAACUGAAGAACAUGGGAGGCGUAGAAGAUAACCACUGGGUUGAUUUGAUGAUAGAUAAAAUCGGAUUUGCACUAACCAAGGUUGACGAAUCGAUUCAAAAGAGUAUUGAACUCUGGAAAGAGUUAACCAAAGACAUAUAUGACGAGCAGCCUACACAUGAUACAACCGGACAACCAAACGAUGUUAAAUCCGGUGAAGAAGAUUCCUCUCAGGAUAAAUCUGUCGCUGAGGUCAAAGAAAGACCUAUUCAACACUGGGCUAUGCGCCUUGGUGAGGCCAAAGAAUCACCGAGCCAACACUGGGAUAUGUGUGCAUCAAAAAUUUCAGAGAGUUUGAUUCAAGAACGAGGGGAUGAUGAAGUUGAUGAAAAAGAAAAAGAAGAUGACGAGGGUACAGUUUCGGAAUCUAGUGGUGAAGAAGACAUGUGUGAGCUUACUUUGGGUAACUCGGUCUCGAGUGAUCGCCCUAAUCUUCACCAUCAUCAUAAUGAAGAAGCUAGUACUGUAAGUUUGAAGCAAUUCUUUCACAGCUUUAUUAUAUCCAAUUCAGGUAACGUUAAUCAGUUGCUAGUUUGGUUAUUGUCUUUUGACUUAAUAUUUGGUGGUCAGGGUUUGAGUUUGACGUGGAAAGAUGGUUAUGGGCAAUUAAAUGAUGAUGAUUAUAAAUCAUGGAGUGAUGAUUAUGAAAGCUUGUACAAGUUUUAUCCUAUGAUGGCCCCUCUGGGGUGGUCCUACAUACCUCCUGGGCUCCCUCUCCAUAAAGAAAAUAAUCCUUUAUAUUUUAAGAGGGGGAAUCCUUAUCAUAUGUCAACAAAUGAUGAUACGUCUUCCAAACAAGAUGAUGAAUCAUGUGAGGAAGAGGAAGAGGAAGAGGAAGAGGAAGAGGAAGAGGAGGAGACUAACUUGGAGACCUUGGAGACGAGCUAUAGGCAUAGCCCUAGUGGGUACCAUCAUCGUAAUGAAGAAGACACCGAUUCGAGAAUUCGUUGUAAGCAGUUAAGGAGGGCGAGAGAUGGUUAUGAGCUGUUAAAGAAUGAUGACACGUCUUCCGAAGAUGAGGAUUCAUGGAAUGAAGAUGACGUCAAGGAAUAUUGGAGGCAGAAGUAUAGAUUCAUGAGCGAUGCAACUAACAUAUCACAUGAUGAUGAUAUUGAUGAUGAUGACUUGUCGGACAAGUUACAAGGAUUUGUGGAUGUGAAGGAAGAGGAGAUUGAGAAUAAAACGGAAUGUGGCGAGGUCGAGACCCUUUCCACAGAAUGUGAUUGGGUUUUUGUGACGAGGGAUUAGGUCUUUGAUUUUUUUGGCAUAUUUUAUGUAAUCUGAAUUCGAGUGUUUAUACUUUAUAUCGGCUUUUAUGGGGUUUUUUUUUCUUGCGGUACGAGUUAGAUUUUGUUAGUUUUUCGGAAUGUUUAAUUCGCAAUUCCUAUACCCUUAUCAACUAUAUUAUCUUAUUCUUACCAAGUGUUGUGUUUUAUAAUUAUCAUCAUUACUUUUUCUUUGCUGAACUUGUUUUUCAUAAAACCAGAAAUUUUGAAGUGUUUUUUUUUUCUGUUAACUAAAUUUGAUGCAUUAUAUUAUAAAGAUAACAAAAGUUAAAACUGUUAAACAAAAAAACUGAUAACAUAUGAGAAGAUAAUAAAA